AUGGCUCCUGUUUUGUUAGAACCCACUAAUGAGGAUCCUCAAUUCAGCAUUGCAUCUACGAAGGAAGCACCCAGUGUGAUCCCUACACAUGGAGUCAAGCUUGCACUGAGAGAUCGUCCUUGGCGGCUCCUACAUCUCGUCGAUGCCCUCGAUCCCGCCGCGUCAAAGCAAGACGAACAUCCGGAUAUCCAUAUCCAGCGACUACUGCAAUUGGCAUGGAUCAUCACGAUUAGGGCUUUUCUCUGCUCCACGACCUUAUACAUCAGCCAGGAUUAUUCCAAUGGUUGUUGUUACAUUGGCGAAGCAGCGAACGGCAGUUCGAGUCCGACCGUCCAAAUCCACACGGAUCCCCAGGACCUUGUCAAAGAUCUAUUCAGUCAAAUCAUCGAGGCAUUGCAACCGCUAGGCGACAUCACCCUCCAACCAAAUAACCACGCCAAUGUGGAUAGUGAAGCUCCCGGCUUCAACCUUACAAUCCGUUACCAGCGACAACCGGCACCGCGUACUUUGCCAACUCAGACUCCAUGCGAGGGUCAAUGCCGUGUAUGCUGUGGCCUGUCAACUAGUGAGCCAUGGAAAUUAGACUCGGCCUUCACAGGUCUACGUCUUUCCAUACAGCAUACUGCAGAUGACAGACUAAAUGCUCAAUUGGACGUUGGCGAUACUGGAAUCGGGCUGCCAUUAGCCACAAGCCUGUUGCAUAGUUUCAAUCAAGCUCUGUCAUCACUGGAGGGGCCUACACAACCAAUCGGUAGACUUGAUUUAUGCGCGGCCCAAGACCGUGACCAGAUAGCCCAAUUCACCGGGACUCUUGCACCCGCCCAGGAUAGGCUUCUGCAUGAGCUGUGCUUACAGCAUGCCAUAACAACCCCCGACGCUCCCGCCGUUCGCUCCUGGGAUGGCGAUCUCACAUACCGGCAACUGGAGGAAUUGACUCUUAGACUAGCACAUUGGCUAGUUGCACAUGGUGUCGGACCGAAAGUUUUUGUGGCCUGCGCGUUCUACAAAUCCACUUGGGCUGUCGUAGCCCGGCUAGCCAUUCUCAUGGCUGGUGGUGCAUACAUUUGUGUCGACGGCAGUGACCCACCGCCAUACCUGGCAUCUGUUCUCGAGCGCACGAAUAUGAAAAUCAUGCUCACUUCAGCUGGCUACAGGGAGAAGUUCGCCGGUCGGGUCGAGACAUUGUUCGAGGUCAGCGAAGCUUCUGUACUUAGUUUGCCAUUGGUGACUUCAGUCCCGUGUUCCACUGUCACACCCACCGAUCCUUGUGUUGUGCUAUUCACAUCGGGCAGUACGGGAAAACCAAAGGGCAUAGUGCAAGAGCAUCGCAGCUACGCCUCUGCAUUGACAGAUUACAUCCGAGUCAUGGAUAUGGGACCGCAUAGUCGGAUGUUCCAAUUCGAUGCCUAUGCUUUCGAUAUCAGCAACAAUGACUUCCUUACACCUCUCAUCGCCGGUGGUUGCUGCUGUGUCCCCACAGUAUCCCUCACCAUGGACGCUCUCAUGGAUGAUUUGAAUGACCUUGAGGCAAAUAUGAUGUUCAGCACACCCUCUAUAGCUAUCGAUCUCGACCCAGAACGCAUCCCCACCCUGAAGAUGAUGUGCAUUGGCGGAGAGCCAGUCUCAGACGCGGUCUUAGCCAUAUGGCUCAACCGCGUGCAAGUCGUGAAUCAAUACGGUAUGGGAGAAGUAGCUUCUUUCUGCGCGUACAACCGCAAUUUACAAAUGGGCCGCGGUUCAGUGGUCGGUCGUCCAGCUACCGGGGCAAUUUGGAUUGUCAACCCAGAUGACUCCAACCAGCUCAUGCCCGUCGGGGCGAUAGGUGAACUGGUCAUCGAAGGUCCCCAUAUCUCUCAGGGUUAUCUCGAUCAUGUUUCCGGCAAAUCUGAAAACUUCCUCGCCGCUCCACCAAGCUGGAUGUCCGAGCUCCACACCAACAGACCAAACCACCGCCUCUACCGCUCCGGGGACCUAGGUCGGUACAAUCAUGACGGAACUAUCGAACUCAUGGGCCGCAAAGACAGCAUGCUCAAGCUCGACGGAACCCGUGUCGAAGCCGACCAAGUGGAAUACGUCCUUCGUCGUAACCUAUCGACAGGCGACGUCGCUGUGGUUGACAUUCUAGGCGCCGUCGACGGCCACGGCGACCCCAUCCUCGGCGUCUAUAUAUAUCUGGCGAGCAAUCCUAUGAACACAGACAGCGGUCCGAUUGAAGAAAUGGAGUUUCGUCCCAUCAGCGAUCGGCACGCGGUGCAUGCACUUACCCAGUCCCUGAGCGACGCUGUUCGUGAGACAUUGCCAAAGUACUACGUGCCUAGUUUGUAUCUCCUGAUCGACCGAGUUCCACGGACGAGGUCUAAAAAGACCGAUCGCCGUAAGCUUCACAUGUUGGGUCAGGCGUAUUAUCUGGCGCAUCGGGAGGAGCUGGCGGAUAUCACCGUGUGGUUGGUUUGGGAUUAG